GCAGAGGGGUCAGGAUCCGGCCUUCGUACUCGAGCUGUCACCAUGGCACAAACCACCAUUAUCAACAACAUGUCGCCUCCGGCUCCGCCUGCACCCGUGUUGACCGUCGUCCAUUCGAAUCAGUGGAGCACCGGCAUCUGCGACUGCUGCGAUGACAUGAGUAUCUGCUGCUUCGCCUGCUGGUCCUUCCCUUGCUUUGCCUGCAGCACGGCAUCAGAGUUCGGGGAGUGCUACUGCCUUCCCGUGCUGGACACAUGUAACACCGCAUGCAUCCCACCUAUGUCCAUGGCCAUGAGGGUUGCAGUGCGCAACCACCACGGCAUCCAGGGGGACAUGGCCGGCGACUGCAUGUACGUCACCUUCUGUAACCCGUGCUCCUGGUGCCAGAUCGCCAGAGAGAUCAAGAGACGCAAAACCCCCACGCACGUUAUCACCACCCAGCCAGUGCUUGCAGGCGGGCCACAGUACAUGGUGGCCAACCAGCCUACAGUUGUGGCCAUGCGUUAAGCCACUGCCCGACCGCCGCGCUCAGUUUGGGCCUUUCUCAUCCUGGCAACAUAUAUCUGCUUUCAGCAUUUGCAUUCUGAGUAAUUUAGAAGAUAAUUGGUUUUGGGUUUGCAUUUAAAUUGUGGAAAACUUCCAAUCCUUCUCAUGUUGUUUUCGCUACAGUAGUAGCAGUAGGACGCUGAUCGACCAGUUGGCUGCUGCUUUCAAAUGCUUUCUAAUGGUGGCGGGAGGACAAAGUACAUCACAGCCUGCUGUGUAUAGGUGUGACCAAUUGCAUUUAGUCACACAGGACUUUGUGUGACUUAUCUGAUCAUUUGUGUAUGUGAAUUUUGAAAUGUGUGAGAAGGUUCAAAAGUUACUAUUCUGAUCCAGAAUAGUAACAUUCUGGUACUAACUCGUACCAUAGUUGUCCAGAAAGAACUAUGGUUAAUUCCUAAAAUCUGAACUGUUACUGCAAUAGUCAUAAAGACCUGACUGUUACCUGAUUAUUUAGGUUUCCAUUAACCAAAUCUAUGAAACGUACUGUACAGUCUAACUGAAUCAACUACUGUACAUCGUCUCUGCUUUUAAUUCUUGUAUAUUCUUAACAUUUCUGACAAAGAUGAUAAUUUUGUUAUAAUCAUAUCACAAUGUAUGUGCAUUAUUAUUUAGGCGGAUAAGUUUAUAAAGCGUGGGUCUUAUAUUUUGUUUGGCAUUCACAUAUAUUUAAUAAAGUCUAUGAAAGUU